AGUUGCUUCGGCGGUUAGUUUCCAGCCCGGAUUUGAACCCCACACACGUUGGGAACGUAGCUAUUCGAGUUUUGAACGCAACUGUCAGUUUAGUUUUUUUUUUUUUAAUUAUAAACUUGUAAUGUUUAUUUACGACGCCGUUAAGAAGUAACUAUGAAAUAUGAGAUUUAAGUGUUUGUAGAUAAGAUAGUGUUUUGUUUAUUCAAAAUGUUAUUGCGAGAUAAUUCUUUUAAAGAUCUUAAAGGGGAUAUAUUUUUUUUAAUUUAAUUAACUUAAGAGAACAGUGAUUAUUUACCUUCGAAGUUGCAGAACAUAUUGCGCGCGCAUAUUUUCAACUGUCGCUCGGCUCGGUCGCUGCGCUGGAGGAAUUUGUUUUCGAAACUUUUUAACUUUUCGAGAAACUUUUUGUGUAACCAUUGUGAUUGAGAAGUGUUAUCACGAUUGGAUUUUUGGAAAUGUGGUGGAUAUUGAUGCUGUCUAUCGUCAUGCAGUGUGUCCAGUCAGUUCGCAUCAUCUACAUGCGCGUACCAGAAGUGGUACAAUACGGCACCAUGGAUUCUGUGACGUUGGAUUGUGACUACGUCACAGAUAACGUGAUGGGACUGGUCGUUAAAUGGUUCUAUAUGGACAAGUCACAGUUGGUAUAUCAAUGGAUACCACCGCAGAAGCCGCAAGCAUUAGGCAUCUUGAAAGACAAGUUGGAUCUCAACUACAAAUCAUCCCAUAACCCAUACGCUCAGCACAGGGCGUUGCGUAUAAAGAAUCCAACCCCAGAGCUCACUGGGAACUACACGUGUGUCGUGUCGACGUUUCUAGCUGAGGACCAGAAGACAAAGCCUAUGACUAUUUUUGUGCCAGAAAAGAGAUUUGAAAUGAUUGUAGAUAGGCUGGAGGACGGAUACCUGAACAUCAUUUGUACUGUGGAAGGAGUGUUCCCUAGACCCGAGCUAGUUAUAUUAGUUGCUAAUAGGUCUGUUAAAGCUAAAUCAUCAAUCAACAUCAUCAACGGACGGUAUACGGCGGUGACGAGCGCCGUGGUCAGGAUAGACGCCUUGCCACCUACUGUUGAAGUUCUCUGCGAUAUGCAAGUUCCACUGGCUAAUUACUUUAGCAGAAAGAGAGAUAUAUUUUAUAGAGAUCCACCGCCAACUACCCCGGAAUCACCAAAUUCGAGAUAUAGCCAGCUGGACCGCGAUACAGGUUGUUCAACCAAAUCAACACCAGAACUGAUAACAAUAUUGCUUAUAUGUUUAUUAAAAUUUCAGCUCAGAUGAUUUAUCUUAUAUUGAAAAUUCUAAUGUAAUGUGUAAAAUAUGUAUUUUGUAUUUAGUUAUUAGAAUAUAAAUAGGUUAAGAUUAAUGAAAUCUGUGAUUUUAAAGUAUUUAAUAUAAUUAUGUAUUUUUUAUAUACUUGUAUAAACUUGCGUACAAGACACACGAUUAGAUGGCUCAGAUUAUUAUAUAUGUAUACAUUAAGGUGAAAUUGAAAUCAACAAAACCAUUUUGAAAUAUUUUGGGGUUGUUCUACUGUCAUUAUUCGACUAGUAACAUUACCAUUUUACCAGAGGGAGACUUUGUACAAAAGUUGUUUGCUUGGGUACCUCUGUCUCAUUCGUGUUUCAACCGUGAAACAGCUGUGUUUGCAUGGCUGUGUUUCGGUUUGAAGGGUGGGAUAUGGCGUGAAUUUACAGAGUACAGAGGAAUAAAACCUGAGUCCUCAAGAAUGGCAACGCAUGGGGGGUAUCAUGGGCGAAACGGUUAACUCUGUUAUGUCCAUGGUACUGCUCAUGUUUAUAGGCGACAGUUACCACUUUCCAACAGGUGAGCCGUCAGCUUGUUUGCCAUUCUAAGUUGUAUAAAAAAAAACUUUGAAAAAUAUCUAGUUUCACUGCUAAAAUAUUAUAUAGAUAUUUUGAACGAUUCUUACUUUUAAGACUUCGUCUGAGUAACUUGGCCAAGUUAUUUUUUGUUUCAUGAAUGUCAAUGUCACUGAAUUUUAGUUUAAUCUAUAUUUUACUACUUAUUCUGUGUAUUUUUUUUCGAUGUUUAAAAACUAAAUAUUUUUGUAUACUAUAAACAAGAGUAGAAUAUAUUUACUGCAUGGUUUGUUGAAACAAUCGAAUACAUCAUCAGAAUUUCAAUUAAAUUAUGACCACACCUAAUUAAUUGGAUGUACUAAUUAUACAUAUAAUUAAGUGCAGACUACACUGAGAGCUAAGUCAAUUUAAUUUUAUUUGGCAUAGCUCACUAAGCAUAAGUGUAAACCACACUUAGACUGCACUAAGCGAUAACUUCAUUUAGUUCAGCUCACUCAGACUACAUCUAAUUAUGCAAGCUGAGCAAAGAUACAUAAACUAAAUUAUUGAGUCUGUACAGAAAACCAGGAUUGAAGGAAAGAUAUAGUAAUGUUUCUCUAUCUUCACCCCAGACAAUGAGAGAUGGUUCGUUUAGUAAGUAUUGCCAAAUUAUCUAGCUCAUAUUGUUGAUUUAGUUCGCUUAGCUUAGUUAGGUUUUUCCAAAAAAUGGGUCCUUCAAAAAACGAAUAAAGAGGUUCCUUCGGGGUUGGUGACGCCCCUGGUAUUGUAGGUGUUCAUAGGCUAUGGUAACCGCUUACCAUCAUGUGGGCCAUAUGCCAUAUGUUUGCCAGCUCAGUGCUUUAAAAAAAGUUAGUUAUUUCACAGAUAUAUGACAGUAUGCCACAAUUACGUGCACAAAGUUAUAGAAAAUUAAGUAAGUUUGUUUAGCUAAACCAAGCUUAACAAAGUUAAUUUAGUUUAGCUUUCAGUGUGAACAGAGCUUUAGGGUCAUGGCGUGAAGAUAAAAUGAUAGAUAGACAAAAUCUAUGUGAUAAUUUUUCACGAAGUGACACAUCGAUAAUAUCCUUUCAUGAUGUUGAGGAUAUGUUAUUUUCAGAUUUGAUGAAUCGAUGCAAUAAAUAUUGGAGCACAGUAAUUACUCGCAUCGAUAACUAUCGAGUAAACGUGUUCGAAUUUUAUGUAUUCAAACUAAUGAUAAUGAUUUUCAAUUUAAAGUACCCAUCUUGUUAUUUUAAUAAUAUUGUGAACUAGCGACCCCCCUGGUUUUGUUCGCGUAGAUAGAUAGAAAUUCACUAAAUCUUUUUGAACGUAACUGGCCAAAAAUGAAGAUGUCUAUUAGCGGAAACAUUUUCAAUAUCAGUUAAGUAUUUUUACAGUUUAUCCAUUAGUUUAGAUAAGAAAAUUUGUAAGAAAUGUUUGUGUUGUUAUUCUUAAAUUUGAAUGAAUUUUUUUUAUACAAAUGGGCCACCUACUGGAUUAGAAUAUUAGACAUUUUAUGUCUAUAUAUAUAUA